GAAAAAAAUCUUGUGGUAAUACGCAAAAUCAAUCAAAAAACUUGGUUUGUUGUAGAAAAUAUUUAGAGCACACCCAUUGAGUUCAGAAUGUAUUGUGCAUUAAUCAGUUUUAUAUAUACUUGUUUUUGGCUUUCAUAUUCUCGGAACAAGAACGCGAAUCGAAUUUAAAACAUAAUUCAAAUGAAAUGUACGAAGAAUUUGAUUGUUGUUAAAGGAAACUUGUUUUAAAACCAUACAACAUUACAUCACUGAACACACCCUUACUGCGGCAUCUCGACAAAAAGGUGAUGUUUGUGAAAACGUCAUAAUGAGGAACGAUUGUCAAAGUUGCAGAAAAUUUUACACGCUUCACGGUGAAAAAUUUUUAACCGAGCGAAAAAGCAUUUUUGAACAAAAUAUUUUAUGAAAAGUCUUAGGAAAAUAUUAAAGCUCAAUAUAAUAUAAUAAAAAACUCACAAUUCGUGAUAAAAACUUGUAUAAAUAAGGUGAAAUUGUACGUCUAGUUCAAGGCCGAAAUUGUGAGACAUCACAAACGUAAACCGCAACUUUGUAUGUACAUAUAUAUUUUAUUGUACAUAGCAUAGUGUGUGUGUUUGUGUAAAAUGGAUGAAGAAUUGAUAUUACAACAGCCGGCAGAUCGCCGCUUGGGUACAGCAAGUACAUUGCCGCCUGGACCUCCAGGUGCAGAAAGUGAUGGAGCAGAAUUUGAUAAUCCUAUUGCAGAUAACAAAAAACCAAAAUCGGAAAAUGAAACAAGUAGAAGUUCAACGAAUCGUUCGAGUCGUCGUCGUUCCCCGAGCGGUAGCCCCCCGCGCUCAAGACGUAAGUCGCCUUCGCGCGGUAGACGUUCACCUUCUCCUAUAGAUGGUGGUAGAAGUCGACGUCGUCGUUCACCUUCACCACCACCAAGACGAAAUCGUUUUCGUAACUACUCGCCGGAUCGGCGACGUUUUGAUGGCGGUGGACGUAAUAUGCGGCGAUCGCCAGAUAGACGACGUGGCGGCGGCGGUGGUGGCGGGCGUGGCUUCCGUGGCUAUCGUGGACGCAGUAGUAGCCGUUCGCGUAGUCGUAGCAUAUCGCCACGCCGCAGUGGUGGUAAUCGUUGGUCCCCUAAAAAGAAACCAAGUUCUCCACUACCAAUCAGUGCACCACCACCACCACAAGUAUCGCAGCCUCCAACACAAUAUGGUGGUAUGCCACAACAACUGUAUCCAAAUGAAACUUAUGCACAACCUGCUUACAAUCAAUACGCUGUACCGCCACCACAACCUACUGGCGGCUUUGCGCCACCAGCCGCAGCAGAUGCUUACGGCAUGCAAGCGCCAGCACCGCCAGUUUUUAAUACUGCUUAUCCGCCGCCACCAGUUUGGGGCGCUAAUGACGCAUAUGCGCAGCAAGCUUGGAUGCCACCACCAGAUCCAAAUCAGUUACAGCAAAUUACACAACAGCCACCACCAGCAGCAGCACCAGCAACAUCUAUACCGCCACCACAGAUUGUGCCACAGCAGCCUGUAAAUGAAGCACCGCAAACAGUUGCUAUUGAAAAAAAUGCUCAACAUGAUGCAGCUGUCGCACAAGAAGCAGAAAAUCAACGUGACGAACUGAAACGUCAACGUAGCAGUUAUCUAAAAAAGACAUCAUUGCUGCGCAAAGAAUUGAAAAUGUUAAAGGAGCAGCGUAAAGAUCUACACGGUGGUGGUGGAGAACCACCGUCACCGACAACAAAAGGCUUCAUUGACGAAAAUGAGAAACUACAGAAUCAAAUACAAAAGAAACUCAACACCAUUGAAAAUGUCAUUGAUAUGUUAACUGGCAUAAUUGGCGAGGAGAAUUUGGAAAAGGACGACGAACGCUACGAUAGUGAUAAAAGCGAAAAGGAACCGGAUUUAAGUAAGAAACCUACUAAGGAACAAAUACAACAACAGCAACUAUCACAACAGCAACUCACCACUGGUGGAGGUGGUGGUGGAGGUGGUGUAGUCUCCGAACGUAGCCGCAAGAAGAAACGCAAGAAUUCCAGCUCUUCAUCAGGCAGCUCAUCGGGUAGUUCCAGCAGCAGCUCGAGCUCAUCAUCGAGUUCGUCGUCAACUGAAAAUGAAGAUGACGACGAUGAUAGUUCACCGGAACGUUUGAAAAACAAAGCAAUUGAAUCGAUGAAAGCCAAGGCGAAGGAAGGAUUAAAACGUGAGGCACUCAAACUAAAAGAAGAAAAGUUAUUUGAUGAAAAGAAACGUUUCAAUUACGUUUUCUACGAUCCCGAAAUGCAUUGGUGUCAGACAUGUGAUGUAUUCCCGAAAACUGCGAAAGAUUAUUUAAAUCAUUUACACUCCAAAGAGCAUAUGGAUCGUGAAAGUAUCGAAACGCCAUGGCAUAUAGACAUGAUAACCGAUCAAUUUCCAACGUAUGAGAAUGUACCAACGAAACGUACACCCAUACGUGGUCUCACAUUCUUUGUACCGGCCUCAGCUUGGUUUUGUAAAUUAUGCAAUAAUUGGAUGGGCGACUUGCAUUGCGCCUCAACACAUUUGAAAUCGCAAUUACAUGCUAGCAAAUAUAAUGCUUUUUUGGAGAAAAAUCCUCACUAUGAAGUCAAUUGGUUGGCCGAUCGUCAACGCGUACUAAAUGAACGUAAAAAUUUGCCGCUACCACCGCAAAUCACAUCCGUCUCAACAACAGCUGCUGAGAGUGCGCCAAGCAAAAAGUCAAAAAAGGAAGAGAAAGUCAAGAAGCGUAAGAAGAAAGGCUCUGACAAAAAGGAUAAGAAGAAGAAGCAUAAGCGUUCAAAGAAACGCAAGAAGAAUGCAAAUACUACAUCCACCUCCAGUGAUUCCUCCUCAUCUGAUAGUGAAAAGAUCAACAAAACAAAGGCAAAGACAUCACCGAUUGCCAUACAAGCUUUAGAUAAUCCCAAUCCGGCUUUAUCGAUACGUGUGGCCAUGCGCAAGCAAGAUUUGACCAAAGCUGAUGACGAAACACCACCGCCAGCGCCAAGCAUUCGUAUCGAUGCCGUGCCACAUCCCGUGCCAGCACCCAAUUUGGCUCUAAUCGCUAAUGUCGGCACCGCAAUAGCGCACAACGCUGCGCCAGUGCCCAGUGGCGGUCGUCUGAGUAAAUGGACUGAGGCGCAGGAUAGUAGCGCAAAAGCAGCCGCGUCAGCGCAACAUACAAGUGGUGUUGAGGCAGAUAACAAACAUGAUGAUGCAAUUUUACAACAAUGGAACACCGUACAGCCGGUGAUAAGCGAAAGCGAAAAGAAAUUGCUAGAACAAUUGAAGGGUAAAUUGAAGAGUAAACCGCGUGAGGAGUCAACAACACCGGCCGGUGCUACAAUACGCAGCAAUGAUGCUGCGUCCGAACGGCGUACCCGUGAACGCGAUCGCGAUCGUGAUCGUGACCGUGGCAGAGAUCGUAGCGAUCGCAAUGAUCGCAGACGGCGUUCGCGCAGUCCGGUCUUUGGCGGCGGCGGCGGCGGCGGCGGACGUGGUGGUGGUGGUCGUGGCGGCCGCAUGCGUCGCACACGUAGUCGGUCACGUAGUCGCAGUCGCGGACGCUUUGGUUCACCGUACGGACGCAGAAGGCGUACACGCUCGCGCUCUCGUGGACGCAGAAGCCGCUCCUUUGAACGUCGCCGUCGCUACAGCCGCUCACGUACUCGUUCGCGCACACGUUCGGCCAGUCGUGGACGCAUUGAGAAACCUGUUGUGCGACAUGCUGAAUUCAGACCACGUGUGCCUGAAAAGGAUAAGGAACGUGAAAAGCGCUCCACCAUUGAGACGAAAGACAAAAAGAAUGUAGACAAAAAAUCCAAAUCGAGCAGCAGCAGCAGCUCAGCCGCCAACACUAACAACACAGGCACCACCACCGGCACAAGUAAGAAGCUGCCAUUCAUUGGUAAAAUGCCUGUGUUCAAGAAGCAAAGUGUUGGUCAAGCGGAUGGUAAUGAGAAUAAUGCCGAAAAUGCAGCAGCAUAUCCAAGCGGUAAUAGUCAACAAGCCCAUCCGGCAGCUUACGUGCCUCAACGUCCACCAGCACCUACGGCGGCACAGAUUCAAAUGGCUAUGAUGGAGGAUGUUUACGGUAAUGCGCCACCAUUCCAUCCCGACGCCGGCAUGAUGAUGGACUAUGAAGAGCUUAUGCCCGAUCCAAUACAAUUUGUAAAUUUAAUGAAUCAAGCGCCACCGCCGCCGCCACCACCAGCUACAGGUGACGACGCGAAACCGGAUGAUGGUAUUGAUGGUGAUGCCGAUACGGAGGACAUACUGCCACCGGGUAUUGAUGUUUCCGAGAGUGAGGAGUGUGUACCGCGACCCAUAACAGAUGGUCCUUUGGGUCAUAAAGGACCGUUGCCGAAAGAUCUCGAAGAGGCGCUGAAUAUAAUAUUCCCCGGUGAAAAGAAAUCAGACGAUGAGGAUGCUGCCGAUGAAGCGAAAAAGGCAAAGUCAACAGGUGAAACACAAAUAAUCGUCGAUGAGCCCAUAAUGCAACCCGAGGAUCUGGCCAAGGAAGGCAUACAUAUGGUAACGAUAGAGGAAACUUCGCUAGUCGGUAUGGAUGAGGCCUCACAAAUGAGCAUGAAUGAACCGUUAGUGUUUAACAAACCCACAAAUACUGCUACAUUGCCACCGGAAGCAGUAAAGGCAGUAAAAGUGGCAACAAUACUUCUACCAGACAGUUCAUCACAAGAUGCUGCUGAUAUUGAUUUGCACGCAAUACAACCACCGCCCACACCGACACAACAAAACCAACAACAACAACAACAGCAAAUAGCUGAGACAAUGCCACCAAUAGAAGUGUCAAGUGUGGAUAAUGUGACGGAGACGGUUAAUGGGGUUGACAAGCAGGCAGCUGCGGAGUCGGUAGAUACAGUGGAGAAUAACGGCACAGCCUCGCCCUGUAUGGUGCCCUCACCCGAAGAUAUACCAAUGCCCGAGGUAGAGCCCGUAGCAGCGAAAGCCACAGCCGAUGAUGUUACAAACAUCGUUUACGAUUUGGAUGAUAUCCCCCAGCCGCCGCCAUCGCCCACUGAGAGCGAGAAGAAUCGUCGACAAGAGGAGUUGAACGAUUUGGCUAUGUUGGGCAUUGACGCUGAUGAUAUGGCUGCGCAGUGUAUCUAAACACACAAACAUACAUACUCAUAUAUGUAUACAAUUACAAAUACAAUGGCAAUUUUACAACAAA